AUGAAGGCACUUAAAUGGUUCUUCGGCGCACAAGUCGUGUACAAAAUUGUCAUUGCCGUCAACAAAGUCUCAUUUUUCUGUCUUUAUAUCCGAAUUUUCAUCACGCCCAUCUUUCGUCGAAUCUGCUUCACCGGCAUCGCCGUUGUCACGUCCUGGGGUCUCGCCUACGUCCUAGUCACGAUCUUUCAAUGCAAGCCAAUGGCCUCUUUCUGGGACAAAACAAUCAAGAACCCAAGGUGUCUGCACAAUGAGACGUUGUGGAUGUCAUACUCUGUCCUCAAUAUUGUCUUCGACUUGAUCAUUCUGGCCUUGCCAAUUCGUCCUGUCAGCGAAUUACGUUUACCAAAAGCAAAGAAAAUCGGCCUGCUUGUUGUCUUUGGGAUGGGAACAUUGUAA